GAUUGAUACACAUCGCACGCGCGACAAACGCACGCAAGAUGGUGAGCUGGAGCAAACAACAGGGUGGCGACGACCAAUACGUGACGCUUGAUGGCGGCACGCUGCUCGGAGGGUCGUCGCAAGUCGACACAAGCAGUGCAAGCGCGACCCACCAGCAGCAGCGGGCAGCCAUCAACUUCCACUAUGCCAACCCACUCUACACCGCCGGCCCGCCCAGAUACCAUGCACCAGGGUACGAUGACACGCACCAUGUCACCAAUCCAUUGUACGAGAGCACGCAGCCUACUACGUCCACGACACCCAGCAGCAGCAGCAGCAGUGGCAUGGUGCAACGGCCUGGCGUGUACGCUGUGCCACCUGUUUCACCGUUUGCAGACACGCAGCAGAGCUACACGGCGGUUAAGGUCUCGAGAUCAACCGAUUGCUGCUCAUCACGUUGCACCAAGCUCGUGCUCGCGGCAAUUGCCUUGCUGCUCCUGCUCGCCGCCGCGGUGGCGGUGCCUCUUGUGCUGACAUCGCCCGCAGGGAACCAAGGCGCUUCAAGCUCCUCAAACAACAACAAUGGCGGUAGCAGCGGUGCCGGCAGUGGCGGAGAGGUGGGAACGAGCACAACCACAGCGUCACGAGCAGUGUUCACCACCACCACCACAACCACGACCACCACGACCACCACAACCACGACCACAACCACAACCACGACCACCACCACCACCACAACCCCAACCACAACCACGACCACCACCACCACCACCACCACCACAACCACGAGCACACCACCACCUGCACUGCUGCUGAACUGCUCAGACGCAAGCUCGCGCGCAGCGGUCGUGGCAGCAAAGCUGGACGAAGUGACUGGCAUUGUGGACUGCUGCUGUGACGAGGUUCUCGGGCUGCGCCGGGUCAAUGGUGACGUGAGGGCAUCACCAACAGUGCAGAGUGUCCAGUUUGGUUCCAUCACCCACGUCGCAGGCAGCGUGGUGUUGUCCGGCUCCGCCAUGCACACGCUGACCUUCGACAACCUGACGCACAUUGGCGGGACCCUGAGCGUGGCUGGCACGCCACUGACCAACCUUGAUCUGGGCCCGCUCACGGAGAUUGGUGGCAGCCUGGUGCUGAGCUCCACCAUGCAGCUGGCGGCCGUCACCUUUGGCGCCAUCACCAGCAUUGGUGGCAGCGUCGUGCUCAGCAACUCCGGGGUGAUGACGGUGACGACGACACCUGGUAUCGGCCUUGGUGUCGCUGGCGCCAUUGUCGUUUCGCAGAACAUGCAGCUGGACGUGCUUGACCUGAACAGCAUCACCAUGGUAGGCGGGAGCCUGCAAGUGACGUACCAGCCACUGUGCACGCGCAUCGACAUUGGCAACACCACGCGCGUUGGUGGCAGCCUGCUCAUCAACCAGAGCCCACUCCUGCACACCAUCGCGGCUCUGAAGCUGACACACAUUGGCGGGGCGAUGGAGAUCAAGGACAACCCCAACCUGGAAACCCUGUCCCUACCGCUGCUUAGGCACGUCAACGGCGACGUGACAAUCUUCUUCAGCAGCGUCUCCAACGGCCUCCAUCUUGGGCACGCGCUGUCGGAGAUUGAGGGCACGCUCACGGUGGGCGGGACGAACCUGCCCAGCCUCGACAUCACGGCUUUGCUUAUUAUGGGCAAUGUGGUCGUCAGCGACAACUUUGCAUUGGCGGACGUUGCCUUUGCCGGCACGAAGCAGGUGGGAGGCAGCGUCACCAUGCGCUUCAACCCUGUAUUGGCGUCGGUGGACCUAGGGUCCCUCGCCACCAUUGGCAACAACCUCCAUCUCCAAGGCAGCAGCCAAGAGCGGGCUGCCCUGAGCUCUGUCAACUUUGGCCAGGUGACAUCGGUUGCUGGCAGCGUGGACAUGUCAUACACGUCGCUGGUGCAGGUCAAGUUUGGCCCCUUGCGGCGUGUUGCUGGCAGCAUCCUGUUGAAGGGCGCGCAGCUGCAGCAGGUUGCGUUUGAUCAGGUGACGAUGGUGGGUGGUGUUGUUGUGUUGGCCAACAAUGCCCUCACGCGUCUGGCGCUGCCUUUGCUGGAGCGUGUGGGCGGCAGCAUUGAGGCCGCAUUCAACGUCAUCACCAGUGUUGUGUUCGACCGCCUGACAUUCGUUGGCGGCAGCGUCGACCUCUCUAACAACAACAUUGCCGCGCUCGACCUCAAGGGGCUACGAGAGAUUGGGGAUGCGCUCAGUGUGCAUUACAAUAGCAUCACCAGCAUCAGCCUGGGUGCCCUGACGAGCCUUAAAGCGAUCCAAGCCAACAACAACCUGCUGUCUCGCUUCUCCCUCUCCAGCCUCAACCGCGUUGUCGACGUCUACCUGCAGGACAACCAGCUCACGUCUGUUGUCUUUGGCGCCUUCCCUCCGCGCAUCACGGGCACCCUGCGGCUUGAGAACAACGCCCUGUCAACGCUGAGCAUGAUUGGCGUGGAUGGUGAGUCCACUCUGGAAGUGUACGCGCAGGGUAAUCCGUUUCAGCCAGGCGCUGGCGUGACGUGCUCCCUGACCACAGCCUGCAUCUGCGUUGAUACAGGCACGGUGUUGAACCGCUGCCCCGCGUUUUGCGCCAUCUGCUAGCUCCCGUGUGUGUGUGUGUGUGUGUGCGU